UUGUAUUGUCAAAUUUAGUUUCGAACUAAGUUCAGUUCUACAUUUAAAAUACGCUUUUAUAGCAAAUCUUUAAAUUGGCAGAAAAAUAAAAGCUGGCAUUGUGACAAUUUAUUUGGCUCAUUUUGUGUUUACUCCGCGACAGCUGUUGCCUUGGUUUGAGCCUCAAAAAAUGAGGCAAAGUCGUGCGUAAACAUUUUACUGACGGAACUUGGAGACCAUAUACAAAUUACAGUGAAACAUGGCUAACUUGAUACUUUUAUAUUGUAUAACCUUAGGAAAGCAAACACAGGAUGUUACUAAUUCAUAGGAAACUGGUUUAAUAGAAUAACCACUGUUCCACCCACAAUUGUUUACAAAUUUUGGGAAUGGCCCUCCAUAUUCAUAUCUUCUGAUUCAUAGCACAUUUACUUUGUUUUGCUCCGACUACUCGAAACUUCUGAAUAUUUACUCACAUGUUCGGUGUCAUAUUUGUGGUAAGCCAUAAACAAGAACUACUUCCAACUAAAUAUGGUAUAUCGUAGGCCAUGAAACCUUGAUGAUUGUUAGCAUAAUGUAAUCAUGUCACAAUCAAUUGAUCGAUUUGGACCACUUUUUAAAGAUAUAAAAACAAAGAUAAACUAAUUGGAAAUCAUAGUCUCAGUUGCACUCAGCCUGUAUACAUUUGAUAAUCAUGCGAUCCAUAGCAUUUGCCCUACUGAUCUUUGCCGGUAUCCUGGCCUAUGGCAAUGCAGCUCCCCAGGUGAAUUUGGGUUGGCUGCAGGCGGUCCUGGCAGAGGCUGGUCAAAGGAAUACGACGGUUAAGUUUGGUAACAACACGGUGAUCAUUACGGGAGUGUCCAAUGCCGUUGCCAACAGCAACGAGGGAAAUACUCGCCCAUCUCAACAACAUAACCCAUGGAACAACAAUUGGUAUCCGUACUAUAACAAUGGUUACUAUCGCAUCAUGCCCACCAUUAAUGGUCAGAUUGUCGAGGGUCCACAGUCCAGUGCAGAGGAAUCCCACGAGAUUUCCCAAGAGUUUUCUCAUGAGAUCUCCCAGAGUGACGAGGAAUCUGGCGAAGAUCAAUACCACCAGGAAGAUCAAACUGAAGAGGACGAAGACGACGACGAAACAGAUCUUUCAGAGGAUCAGCUUGAUGAUCUAGAAGAGGAUCAGCUCGAUAAAGAGGAAGAGGUGGAAGAUGGUCACCAUGACCAAUCCGAGGAGGCUGGCCAGGAAGACAACGAAAAUGAAGAUGAGCUGAUCGAUCCAGAGGAAGAUGCUAUUGACCAGGCUCUAGAUGACAUCGAAAAAGAGAUAGCCGCUAGGGAAAAUGAAUAGGCAAUUAACCCUAUUGAAAGUUUUCAUAAAAAACCACUAAAUGUUACAUUAUUUUCAUUUCAUA